ACAGUUGUGGAGAGUGAAAACCGAGCGUGGCAUUAGUAAACUGGGUCGGAAAGAGCAGAAGACAGCAAUGCAAGAAACCAGGAAAGAACAUGCAACAUUCAUCUUGGAUAACGGAUAGUAAAUCUUUUAUAAUAAACGUUAUACAUCAUACAAAUAUCCGACAAAGUUCUUCUGCAUCGUUAUUCCCAUGAGCUGGAACAUGUGUAUCAUCAGCGAGACUACGGGGGGUCCGUAGGUGUGUAAUAUUACUCGAACAUUAAUAAACAAGCCGGUCCACUGGACAGGCCGGUGUGAAAUGGACCCGAUGUAUCGAUUGCUGGUAACAUAGCACCUUAUAGUGCACCGUGUCUAAUGUGAUCAAGCCCUUUAUAUUGUGCAUCCUUGCACAUACGGAAUAACAAAUCUCUCGUGUCAUAGUCACCGUUUAGCUUGAAAAUGUCCCCAUCUGCAAGUUGUGAGCGCUCAGAACGACUCGUUGCUAGGAAACCAUUGAUCCAGCUGCCUGAAGGAUGUAUGUAUUUAUGUAAAGGGAAGCCAGGCGUGUGUAUUAACUGAUCCUUCUAUAAAUGGUGUCGGGAUGUGGAGGGAAGAUGAAAAUAAGAAAAGGGAUUUCGUACUUCUUUCUUGAUCUAUUUUCCUCUUGUUUCUUACCCCAACCCCUCUCCCCGAUUCUCGUUAGGGAAGGGAAACCAUUCACCAGCGAAGAGGGAAGGCAACAAAACGUGCUAGAAGUUGAAAACCCAGUCGUCUGCUGGCAAGCCUCAUGGUCGUUCCGUCUCUAUCAUCAUCAACUGCAAUGUUCUGGAAAAUACCGAGCAUAGAAAAAAAAUAGAUUAGACUUCGUUCAGUAGAAGAAAAGAACUUAGACGUUUGGUGGAGAACACGCGCCACAACGAUGGCGGUCACGUAUUAUUUGUACCCAGUGCCGAUCCUUGCGUCGGCGUAGUUCUGACCUGGUAGAGCUAAAAGAACUGUGAGGGAGGGGAUCAUCCUCUGACGGUCGAUGGAGGGGGACGUCAGAAGUGGCUGAGAAGACGGCGACGACGAUCGGCGUGUGUCCUCGCAGCGAGUACGACACGAUCGUCAAAAGGUUAGGCGGCCUCGUUGGUUCAAAGCCGCCCAACCAAACACAGUUCAUCGACAACCAUAGUGAAAUUCCACCAAACUGGAACCUAAACGAACAAGCAUUUUCGGACUGUGGACAAAUUAUCUCGUCUCACUCUCCUGGUGUGUGUGCGUGCGUGUUUGUGGUGUGUGUCUGCCAGUGUUUGUACAGCCUGGAACGAGCUACUCAGGAAUCGGAAUGUGUGAGCGUGUGUAAGACGAGAAGAAAAUAGAAAAUUCUAUUGCCAUCUCACUCCCCCCUCCCCCCGUCUUUGCCAGUGUGUGUUUGUGUGCCUGUGUUAACGUGUGCAUGUGUGUGGGAUCGCAAAGAAAAGUGCUGCUAACAAGCAAAAAGUAUUCUGCUGUUCCCGCCUUGAAAAAAUCGACCAUUGUUACCAAGCAAUUUGUAUUCCUUGAUGGCCACCUAAUCGAAUCCCCAGAGACUUGAGAAGAAAAAAAAAGUUGGUACAAGCUGACAACGCCGCCUGUUUUUUUCUUGCCCUAGUUUCGCAAAAAUAUACAAGCCGUCGUCUGAAUCAAAGAAGAAGUCAUAAUCAUGGAUCCUAUGGACCGUCGAGGAACAGGCUCGUCACCGGGAAUGAUGUCUGGCGGCGGAAGUGGCGGCGGAGGUGGUGGUCUCGUCCCAGGAUCCAACAGCCAACACCAUCGCUCUCGUUCUGCCACUCGUACGUCAUCCACCAACGCCAAUCGAUCGUACCAUUCGUUGGAUCGCGACGGUCACGACCGCGAACGCGAAUUUAUACCCAUCCGGGAGCCGAGAGAUGGACGUGAUGGCCGAGGAGGUGGCGAUAUGAGGGAUCGUUCCCUGGAGCGCGGAAUGGACGGAAUGGGUGGAGGAAGCAGACGGGAUCGCUCCAUGGAUCGCAAUGCCAUGAUGGACGAAGAUAUGCUGUACGGUGGAGGUGGCGGGAGAGAUGUGGUCGGACCCGGUGGCAUGGGUGGAUCCGGCCUGGCUCUUCCGCGAUCCGCUCGUCAAUCGCCGGCUGUUGACAUGGCCAUGAAAGGAGGUGGUGGUAACAACAUGAUGGGCAAUGUCGGAGGCGGAGGACUCACCAAUCGCGAAUCUUACCUGAUGGAAAUCCAAGCGCAAAAUGCCGACCUCUCACGCGAACUGGGCACGCUCAAACGUGAACUGGAGAUGACCAAUCAGAAGCUGGGCUCCAGUAUGCACAGCAUCAAAACCUUCUGGUCACCUGAGUUGAAGAAAGAAAGAGCCCUGCGUAAAGAAGAAUCGGCUAAAUAUUCGCUCAUCAACGAUCAGCUCAAGCUGUUAAAUGCGGAAAAUCAGAAACAAGCCAUGUUGGUGCGUCAGCUGGAAGAGGAGUUGCGUAUCAGGAGCAUGCAGAAUCAUCAUCCGAGUCACGAGGUUCGACAGCAAGUGGAAACGAUGUACGCCGAGAACGAUCACCUGUCCAGGGAAGUGGCCAUUCUUCGCGAAACGGUCAAAGAACUGGAAUUGCGGAUCGAAACGCAGAAGCAGACGCUACAAUCGCGAGAUGAAAGUAUCAAGAAACUGUUGGAAAUGCUCCAAAACAAGGGCAUGGGUAGUAGCCUGCUUGUUGCUUCCCCUGAUGUGGGCGAGCUCGAAAGACUCAGGAGCCGUCUGAACGAGAGCCAGACGCAGACGCGCUACCUGCAGUCCAUGGUCAACAUCCGCGAUCAGGAACUGGAUCGGGCCAGGAAGGAAUCGGUGCUGUGGCAAGACAAACUCAAGAGUCUCAUUCAAGAUCCGGCUCACCGAGGGGAACACGUGACCGAGACUUGGGCGGCCCUCUUGGAGACGAAAGAGAGUCGCAUCGCCAUCAUGGAGAGAGAUAUCAGCCUGUUGGAAAAAGAGCUGCUUCAACAGCAGCAGCUAAUGCAACAGCAGCGCGACCACUGGGUGCGUUCAAUCGAACAAUCCAAUCCGAGCACUCCGGUUCCGCGCACGGCCACUCCGUCCCAACAGGCGGCCGUUGCAGCUGCCCAACUCUACCGUAACAGUCCCGUUAAUAACGGUCAAACAGCUCAGCACAAAGACGCGAUUGAAGAGCUGCGGAUGGAAAUUGGUAAACGGGACCAAGAACUGCUGGCAAUGGGGGCCAAAAUGAAGACGCUCGAGGAACAACAUCAAGAUUACCAGCGUCAUAUAGCCGUCUUGAAGGAGAGUCUUUGCGCCAAGGAGGAGCACUACAACAUGCUCCAGACAGACGUGGAAGAAUUGAGACAGCGACACGAAGAAAAGAAUCGGAUCAUUGAGAAAAAGACUCAAAUUGCUCUGCAAGCCACUCAGGAGCGUAACCGAUUCACGGCUGAAGUGAACGAAAUGCGAGAUCACCUGGACAUCCGUGAUCGCAAGAUCAACGUUCUCCAACGCAAGAUCGAGAAUCUCGAGGAUCUGCUGAAAGAAAAGGACAACCAAGUGGACAUGGCCCGUGCCCGCAUGACGGCAAUGCAGGCGCAUCAUUGUUCGUCGGAGGGCGCCGUUUCAUCACUGGAGGAGGCCAUCGGCGACAAAGAGAAGCAGAUUACGCAAUUGAGAGAACAAAGGGACCGAGCCGAACAGGAAAAACACGAAGAGAGGGAUCUUCACGAGCGUGAAAUUGCCGAGUACAAGAUGAAAUUGCACACGCUGGAGAGCGAAGUGGAGAAACUCGGCGUGCGGCUCGAUAGAGCUCUGGCCGAGAAAGAUAAAUUGGAAGCCAAACUGGAGAGUUCACAGUCGGAGUUGGGCAAGUCCAAAGCCGAACUCGAUCGAGUCCAGGGCGACGCUGGUAAGAGCUCUGUCGAAUGGGAAUCGGCCAAACAGCGAAUCUCGCGUUAUGAAAUGGAAAACGAACGGCUCAAAUCGGAGAACGAACGCCUCCGCCACGAUCUCGAUCGUUCCACAUCCACAUUCGGCCGUACACAGUUGAACGUCACCCAAGAAGCCGAGAGGAUCCAAGAAAAGCUGGACAAGACUCAGGCGGAGUUGAGACGAGCGCUGGCCGAGCUGCGAAUGAACCAGUCCGAAUGGGAAAGGAGCCGAGCGGAAGCGGAACAGCUGCAAGAGAAGGUUGAGAAAUCACAGGGUGAAAUUUAUCGCCUCAAAGCCAAACUGGAGAAUGCCCAAUCAGAAAAAGAAAACCUUCAGGAGGAGUACGAAAGAUGUCAAGGCAGCGUGUCACGGCUGCACGCCGAGCGUGAUAAGGCUGUCUCCGAUGUGGAGAAAGUUCGCGAAGAGCUGGAACGUUGUCAGAGCACGCUGGGCAAAUUGCAGCUGCAACAGGAGAAAACGCAGCAAAGUUACGACAAGGCGCAAAACGAUGUCGAUCGACUCCAAGAGCGUCUCGACAAGGCCUUAGCUGAAUCUCGCAAAUUCCAGAGCGAGAAAGAAAAGUACGUCUACGACUUUGACAACAUGCAGGCCCAGUUGGACAAAUCAGCGGGCCAGUUGUCUCGCGUCCAAAAGGAGAAGGAGAAUAUCCAACAAGAAAUGGAACGCCUUCGGGACAAACACGACAAAAACCAGGCGUUGACGAUGCGAUUACAAAAGGAACGCGAUGUCGUCAGUCAGGAAGCGGCAUCGCUGAGAGAGAAGCUGGAACUGGUCCAAUCUCAGGUCGCCAAGGCAACGCGAGAUCGCGAGCUCCUUCUCAGCGAGACCGAAUCCAGUCGCGAACGUUUCGAUAAAGUGAAUCAGAAUCUCCUGAAAGUGCAGACGGAGAGGGAUGAUUUUGCGGCGGAAUUGAGCCUGUUGCGCGACAGGCUGGAAAAAUCGCAGGCGAACGCAAACAAAGCGAUGGAGGAACGCGAAAAUACCGCCAAGGAAAUGGAGCGGCUACUGGAGAAGUCGGACAGGAGCCAAGGCGAAGUCUACCGAUUGCAGGGUAAACUGGACACGGCCCUGGCCGAACAGGAAAGACUACGCAGCGAGAGCGAUAAGUGCCAGCUCUUGGCAUCCAGAGCUCGCGAAGAUUUCCGCAAAGCGCAUGAAGAAUUGCAAGACGUCAAGGAAAGCCUAGACAGGGCGUUGCUGCAACUCUCCAAAUCUAAAGAGCACGAAGAGAAACUAAAAGAGGAGCUUGAAAAACAUUCGGUCGACGUAGAGAUGCUGCGCGAGAGACAGGAGAAGAGCCAAAGCGAAUACAGACGAGUCUACAGUGAAAAGGAGAAACUGGAAAGCGAAUUAGCCCGCGUUCAAUUUGAACUGGAAAGGACAUCCUCGCAGCAUUCGAAGGCUCACGCUACGCUGGAGAAGACGCAGGAAGACUUUGCGCGUAAGCAGGUCGAGCUCGAAAUGAUUUCCGAGAAAUACGACAGGAUGCAGGUGGAGCUGCGCCGUGUCCAGUCCGAAUGCGAUCGCUAUCGGACCGAGUGCGAAACACAAAAGGAAGAAGUCGAUCGGUUCGCUGCGCGUAUCGGAAAAUAUCAGGAUCAACAAGAGCGCACUAAAGAAGAACAGGACAAAUUGGCCAUCGAAGCCGAACGCUACAAAGACCGAUUGGCCCGCGCGCAAUCGGACAUGGAGAAACUGCAGUCGCACAAAGAGAGGACCGACCAGGAAAAUGCCCGGCUUAAAGUCGAACUCGAACGGCAGGCGGAGAAUGUCAAACAAACGGCCAUGGUAUCGCGCAGUCAAGCGGCAGCGGAAAACGCGGCCGAGUUAGUCCGCGUCCAAUCGGAAUUGAGCAGAUCGCAGAACGAAGUCCAGCGAUUGCAAUCGGAAUUGGCCAGGGCGCAGACCGAGGUCGAACGCCAUCGUGACAAAUACGAAACUGGCCAGCAGGAGAUCCAGCGAUUGCGUUUGACUUGCGAAAAGAGCGACAAGGAGCUGGCCAGGGUUACCCAGGACAUGGAACGGCGGAUCGCCCUAAUGACCAAGACAAGCAGCGACCAGGAUCGUUGCCAGAUGGAAAUGGACCGUCUACGAAUUGAAAUUGAGAAAGUCAAAGACAAAUACGACCGGGCUCAGGCCGAGGUGGCACGAUUAGCGCUAAAGCUGGAACAGGAAGAACGGGAUAAGGAGAAACUCAGGAUACAAGUGGCUCAAUUGGAAUCGCAGAAAGAACGAGCCCUGGGCACUGGGCAGAAGCAGUGCGAAGAGCUAACGGAACGAAAUCAAAAGUUGCAGUUGGAGUGCGAACGACUUGGACAAGAGAAGGAACGUGCCAAUGUCCAGGUGCAGCGACUCAAUCUAGAGUUGGAGAAACAUUUCAGCAAGUUCCAGGAAAACAGCCAAGCUUCCAAGAAAGAACUAGAUCGGCUGGUAGAUGAGCGAGAGAAGCUGGCCCGCGAAAUCCAGACGACCAAAACUGAGAACGAACGGCUGCGUGACGAACUGCACAGACUCCAACGUUCCCUCGAGUCCAGUCAAGGCGCCAAAGAGGAGUCGACCAAAUUACAGAGGAUGAUCGAUACGAUGCAGAACGAGCUGGGCCGUCUCAAUGCCGAACGGGAAAAACUUUCGGCCAAUAUGUCACAGAAGGACAAGCAAUGGGAGAAAAUGGAGAAGCAAUUAGUGAAAUUAGAAGCCGAGUUGAAGAAGGUAUCAACAGAACGAGACCAGGUGAUUGCCCAACUGGAGAAAUCGCAGGAGAUGUUGGUCACGUUCCAGCACGAACUGCAACAAUCCGAUCAAGGGUUGGAGAGGACCAAGCAGGAGAACGAACGGCUCAAGAGGGAACAAGAGCGCAUUCUCCGUGAUGUUGAACAAGGAUCGCGCGACGUGGCACAAGCUAAAGAAAAAGAGUUCCAGCGUCUGCAGAAUCACGUCCAGCAGCAAGAAAAAGAGCUGGCCAAGAGCCAGCAAGAGAUGGCCAGAGAUCGACAGCGAGCCGAAAAGGCUGAACGUGAUUUGGCAAACGCUCAGCGACUGUUGCAAGAACGAGCCGGUCAACUGGAAGGGGCAGCGUCACAGGCCGGCCAGGCAGUUGAGAUGGAAAGGAAAAGAGCCGAACGGGCUGAGCAAGUCGCAAGAGAACUACAAGAAAGUCUGACGCAGCAGAAGAAGCUAUCGGAGCAGCAACAACAACAUCUGGCUCAGCUUCAACAGCAAAUAGGUCAGCAGCAACAACAACUGGCGGCACAACAACAACAACUGGCCCAGCAGCAACAAUAUUUGCAAAAAGCAGCAGGCGAACAAGGUGCUAAGAGCGAAACGAUGGCCGCUGCCACGGCUGAGGUGCAAAAAUUACGCAAAGAGCUGAGCGCCGUCCAGCAAGAGGCUGCAAAAGCUUCAGCCGAAAAAGAAAAAGCUGCAGCACAAGUGGUUAAGAUCCAGCAAGAAUUGAAAAGCGCUGGAGUCGAACGAGAGCGGCUUCAAUCACAACUGGAAAUGCUCGUCAAUGAGUUAAGCAACCGACAGUUGGAAUUACAAGAAGCCACAACGACGCGCAGUGACGGUGAGGAGACGACCAAAUUAAGGCGGCAGGUCGAAGAGCAGCGGAAGCAACUGGAAGAACUGCGGAGGUCAAGUGAGCAGCGAGCCAAACAGAUCGAGGAGCGCCAAAAGGCACUGGAAGAAGCUGAACGUCAAGCUAAGAAGAGGAAAGAAGCUCUUGAUCAGUUGGACGAGAGGCUCAAACAACAGCAAAAGGGUGGCCCGGCAGCAGCCGGAGCUUCCGGCAAACAGUUGGCCGAGAAGGAUUCCGAAAUCAAGCAGCUCAAGGAGGACAGCCAGCGAGCACAGAGCGAGACGGAACGGCUCCUCCAAUUGAUGCAAAUGACGCAAGAGGAACAGUUCGCCAAAGACAAAACUAUUAUGGAAUUACAGGAGGCAUUAAGAGUGGAACGAUCGAAGCGUGCGCAAUCGAAUGCGGCGGAUGAGCGAAGCGCAAACCAAGAUCCGCGAGGCCAGAACCGAUCACAGUUUCAUCAUUCGUAUUCUGAAAUGACAUCGAGCCAGACGACAGAAGAGAGUGGCCAAGAGGGAGAGAAUCCGCCGAAUGAUUCGUUACCGAAGCGUACGGAUUAUCUGCCUGAAAAGAGGGAUGAACUCGCAACCGUCGUUCAACAGCUGGAGGAAGUGAUCCGCAUCAAAGAACUCUGUAUCGAUCGGCUAACGAAAGAGCUGAAUGACGCCAGAGACCAAUCCGCUUUGCUGGAAGGCCAGAGUGCCAAAAGCCUAGAUCUGAAAGAAGACCGGAUCGAAGAGCUGGAAGAAGCUCUCAGGGAGAGCGUUCGCAUCACAGCAGAUCGCGAAGUAGCGCUUGACGCUGAGACCCAACACAGAACAAUACUGGAUCAAAAGGUUGGGCAGCUGGAGCAACGAUUACAGUCUAUGCAUAACGCCAAAAGUUUGAAAUGCCACCAAUGUCGACCGAACAGGCUGAAGCUGCAAGAGCUUCAGUCGCGAUUGAGUCAGCUACUAGCAGAGAGGAGAGGCCACCUUCACGAGCUCUUCGACAUGAAGCAAGAAGCUUUAGAAGCUGCCAUCAGCGAAAGAGACGCACAGCUCGGCUUGCUCGAAGUAUCCGGUAUUAAGACGGCCAGGGCUGCGGAACGUGCUGAUGAUUUGAGGGCCGACCGGAAAAGGUUAAUGCAAAUGAUGAAACAACAGAAUGAGAAACGAGUCAAAUUGUUACUCGAAUACGAAGACGAGAGUCUUAUCGCCAUCGAAGGUGACGAUUACCACGCAACAGACUCGACAGAAGACAGUGAUGAUCCCGUAUGCAAAUGAAAUCGAGCAAUAUAGACAUGCCGUCGAGGAAAUGCAUACCGAUUCCGUACGCUGUUGGAUGACAAAGACAAUAAUUCAGUGAAUACUACUGGACAUAUCUCUGUAAAAUGGUAUUACGUCGAAUUCGGAUUCUUAUUUGAUUCAUUUCUGAAGAGUGCUGAUUGAGACAAACAAAACAAAACAUAGUUACGUAUGAUAGUUAACUGCCAAUGUUCAGCGUUUGAUGGCCAAUAAUUUUCAACCAAUCUUAUGUUGAGUUGUUUCUAUUUGUUAAAUCUGAUUGUCAUUGUUCUUCAUUCGUCAUUUUCAACACCGUUUCACCACCGUUUCGAUUGCAAAAGUCAGAGAUUUGUUUAUUAUUAUUCUAAAAAUGCAUACGGUGUUCGAUUCGGAUCCUCCAACGAGUCUGUGCCCCUCCCAAAAAUAAUAAUUUAAAUAACAUGCUAACAAAUGAUUAGUCAUAGCUAGUAGGCUAUAAUGGAAUGUGCACAAUAUUGGUAAUAAUUGUUAACCGUUUCCGAGUCUUCUUAACGGUACCCGCGCGCAUUCGUCGUGUCCGUCACCUCCAUUUCCCCUUCUCUUUUAUUUGUUUUAAUAUAUUCUAAAAUGGCACUGGUGAGUCUCGGACCGAUAGGGCAAGAAGACGAAAUGAAUCAACUUUAUUACAUUUCUGAACUUGUGUGUGUGCGUGCGUGUGUGUGUGUGACUGUGUGUGAGUGAGUAUUCCGCGCGCGCGUAUGUUAAAAUUUUUAUGAUUUGCCAAGCCUUUAUCUGUCCUUCUCUAUUUAUUCUCCCAAAUAUUUCGAUGUAUCAACGUUCAGCCAUCAUCUGAUCCAAUCUGACGGUGAAAGAAAAAAUUUUGUUUUUUUUUCAUUGGAUUUUAAAGGUCUUAUAACACUGUUGGGUUUCAUCCAUCUUUUCCAUUAUUAUUCUCUCACCGCGUUCCAAAAAAUAACAAAAAAAUGAGCGUUCUUGUGUUUUGACUUUGAGUUUAAAUUUUGCUCUUCUAAACAUUGGCCGUCUGUGAAAAUUCGGCUGAUAACACCGGUUGUUCAUCGUUGUUGUUACAUACACUUCUCCGCUAAUUGUA